UAUUUACAGCCAUUUCUCAGUCUUCUGAAAACACCGAAAGAGAACCAUGCAAGGAAAGGAUCUCACCUUCCUCCCUGAGAACACAGAGCACAACUGAGGAAAACUGUCUCAUCUCUCGAAGGCAACCAAUUCCUCCUGCAGACAAAGACUUGGAGAGUUGCCACGAGAAAAUCGGUCUGUCCUGCCCAGGUGAUACCAGAAAAAACAGCACCGCGGAAGAGUUAUUUCAAAACAGUGACCUGCUGGGACAGAUAGCUGAGCUCACACGGCAGAAUUCUCUGAUUAAAGCUCAGCUGAGCAAAUUCAGAGGCUUCUCUGAAGACACAAGUGACUGCCUACAUCAGCCAGACCCAAUACGAAAUGCAAAUUCUAGUCCAGACUCUUCACAAGGACAGACUCAUCUCGUAGUAUCGAAGAGCUUGGAGGAAAGAAUAGCAGAGCUGAAUCGUCAGAGUACAGAAGCACGUGAUAAACUGUUGCAGCUAAUAGACCAGCAGAAAUUAGCUGCUGCUGAUAUGGUCCCUCCAAUGAUAUCUCCUGUUCUGCCCCCAUCCCUAAAUUAUACUGAAAAUGCAAGGAGGACAGUUGAAGUGUCUAUUCCCAUGGCAGUUGCUAUGGACAGCUCCAAAGAAGAUAGCGUUUCCCCUGCCAGUAUGACCAGUAUAAGAAGGUCUGUAGGAGACUCUAGCAAACCUUGUUCACCCCUAAGUGCCAUGUCAGAAAGUGUGAAAUUGACUCCUGUCAGCCAAAGACCAAAGGUGGAAAAGCCAAAAGAAGAAGGCUGGUUUGCAUUGUCAACGCACAUUAUGUAA